AUGCCAGGUGAGUUGUACCUGGAUGCGCCCGUCACCAUUCGCGGUGACAGCAGCUUCCUGGGCCAAGUAACUGUCAAAGCAACCCGGCAGACGGAACGAAGCUACCAUGCAACAAUGGGCGGCCCAUGCCUUACCAUCAUUGGCAGCUUCAUUCUGCACCCUGGCGCACGCUUGCACUUCGAGAGCUGCCGGAAUGGGCAAAACACGUCGGACGGCUCUCUCGGCGGUGGCUUGCGAGUGGAUGCUGACAUGGACCUCCGUGGAGGGCACCUGCGUUUCGAGAAUUGCAGGGCCGACGGCGACAGCUUCACCACUGGGGCGGGAGGCGCCAUCUACGUCGGAGGCCAUUUCCGAAACAAGAACUCCACCAUCGAGGCUUUCAACUGCAGCGGCACAAAAGGAGGCACCAUCCGAGCCACAAAGAUGGAGAUAUCAGGUGGUCUGAUUUCCAUCAACAGCUCCUUAUCCAUUCUUGGUGGAGGCGCCAUCAGUGCCAAAGAGCAGCUGGUCAUGGCGGGUGGCCGUGUCGCCAUCACCGGUUCCGAGUCAUCCGGGACGGCAGGUGCGAUCUUUGCAGAGAGUCUGAAGAUGUCGGAUGGGAGCAUCACCAUCCAGAACGCCUCAGCAGGUAAUGGCGGAGGCGCGAUGCUGGCGAUCUCACAGGCCAUGUCCGGUGGGAGCAUCACGAUCCAGCAUUCCCGGGCAUUCUCUGAUGGAGGUUCAAUGGAUGUGGAUGAGUUGGAUUUGUCUGGCGGCAACCUAACUAUCGACACCUCUCGCACAGAAGAGAAAGGAAGAGGUGGCGCGCUUUUUGUGCGGAUGUUGCGCGUGUCUGGGGGUAGCCUCACGGUCUACGAUGCCGAUGCGGAAGCGGAUGGAGGCUGCCUCUUCACGGACAGCUUUGUGCACUCGGCUGGCAAAGUGAACCUCACUCUCUGCAACUCUGCGAUGCUCGGGGGCGCGCUGUGGACCAACACGUGGAACAAGACCGCAGCAGCCCAUAUGACCAUCCAGGACGCUCAGGCCGCCCGUGGCGCAGGCGUGAUGGCAAGUUACGGGGCGCACGUCGACACCGAUAACCUGCACAUGUCUGACUUGAGCGCGCGUGGAGAUGGUGGGUGCUUUUUGACCUGGGGUCGUCUGCGCUUCAAUGGAACUCUGUCGCUGCAGAAUUGCAGAGCAAAAGGAUCGGGGGGAGCCAUCUUUGCCGAAGCGGGGCCACCUAAGAAAAUGCGCAGAGCCACGACUCGGAUUGGCGAGGAGGUGCAGGUUGAAGCGAAUCGGAUCCUCUGCGUCGGCUGUUCUGCGCCAGCAGCCUCCCUGCUGCAACUACAGACCGGCCAUGCCGCCCUGGCAGAAGUCCAGAUCCGAUCCGACAGGGCUUCGAUGUCGUCCAUGGCCGCAGGUCCCUAUGCAACGAUUGAGGUUGGGACAUUGGACUGUGCCGAGUCGCCCGGCUGCGACAUCUCCGCCCUAUCAUCGGGCGUCCGCCGGCUGAUCUGUCCAAGAGGAGAGGGCCGCGAGAACCUUGAUGAGGGAAUCCGGUGCCGGAUGUGCCCGGACGGGCAAACCCGCCUCGCGACGUCGCUCGAGGGGGAUUCGCAAUGCACUGCAUGCCCCAAGAUCCCUGACAUGGACAUUCGCUGCACUGCGAUGGAGCUCGGGCUGCCCCCGGGCUGGAUGGUAGACCUGAACUUGACGGACACCUCCAACUUAUCCUCUUGGUUCCGCUGCCCCAGCGAAAUGGCCUGCCCCGGGGGGCAUCUGCAAGCAAGCACCCGGGAUCCGCGUCAGCCGGACGAGGUCGUUCCCAUGUGCGAGAGGGGUUACGAAGGACCAGGGUGCACGCGUUGCAGCCACGGCUUCGCACGCGGAGACAGCAACGUCCUGCAAUGUGUGCAAUGUGCAAACGGACAGGCCCUCCGACAUGUCGCUUUUUGCCUCCUCAAGGACCUGGCCCUGUUCGCAUCUGCGGCCGUCAGUGUGGCUGGCGCAAAAGGCAAACGCACAUCGAGCGCCACACUUCUGAACCAGCUGAUGUCCUUUGCCGCGGUGGCCGGCAUCACGAUGUCUGGCGCGAUGCAAACCCCAAUCUUCCAGCAUGACAUGGAGGAGUCCGCGCAGGAAGUGCUCCGAUACCUGUCUUUGCCGGUCUCUUUCGCACAGGGGCAAACGUCCGGCGAAGCAGGCGCGUCAUGGGAGUGCUUACUGGGAAGCUUUGGUGUGGAGCCAACGCUGCAGCGUGCACACAUCCUGGCUUCUGUUUGGCCAGCGAUCCUCAUCGCAUCACUCGCUAUGGCCAAAGGUGGCUGGCUCGCCCUGGUCGUUGGAGUCAACGUUUUUCUUCCGGCCUGUGUCGCCGGCUUCGGCAGGUACUUAGUGGUCUUCCGCCUGCGCCCUGAGGGCACGCCCCUGGGAGAGCUUCGUUGGGAGUUCCUUCCUGCCGGGCCCGGGUCGGCUUCCCUACAAGUCGCUGCUGUCUCGGCGGCGAUCGCCCUCUUCCUGGCGCUUGGGGUCGGAAGUUGGGUCUCUGCGGUGCGCCGCCGAAAAGAGCCACUGGAGCCGCAUGUGGCGUACCUUACACAGGCCUACAGGCCCCCGUGCGCUGCCUGGGAGGUUGAGCGCCUUGUGCGGAAGGUCUUCCUGGCCCUGAUCACGGCCAUGCUCCCCGUCACGCUUUCGCCAGCUUUACAGAUGGAAACCGUGAACUUGGUGCUCACCGUGUCUUUGGUCGCGCAUCUGAUCUGCUGGCCCUACCAGGUGAAUGCCUGGAACAGGGUCGAGGUCGGAUUGUUGAUCGUGGCCUUGACCAUGAUGGGCCUCACGACCAGCCUCCUCGCGAAUGCUCUGCACUGGUCGAAGUCAACUGCAACUCAGCGGUUUCUCGUCUGUCUCAUCUGCUCGCUCGCCGGCGGGAUCUCCACCAUCAUGAUCGCUGCCUUCCUGGCGACCUAUGUCCAAGAGAGGCCACAGGAGAUCGUGCCGGCGGAGACCGGGACCGUUCUGUCGCUGUGGUUGUCAACGCAGGAUCUGUGGGGUCCUGCAGCAGUGCUGGAGUCUCAAGCCACAGCGGAACAGCGAUUCCAGCGCCGUUCCAACGAUGCCAAUCGUCUAUCCAAGCGCCUAUCCGGCAACAUGCGUGCAAAAGAGGAGCUGGCGACAGCGCUACAGCAGUGGUUUAUGCUUGUGAGCCAACGCCUGGUCGGGCUUAUUACCCAAGUCAGGGCGCUGGGCAGCAAGUUGGACGAGGACACCACUGUGGCGGCUGCCGAGAUGAGGGACAUUUUGGCAGCACAGCCCUCGGAGCUCACCACGGCUCAGGUUGCCAAGGCGGAGGAGACCAUGGGCCCUAUUUGGUCUCCUUCGCAGGAACACGUGGUGAUGCAGUUGGCUGCAGGCCUCAAGGCUUUUGGAACAGUGCUGCCUGCACCCUUACCUGCAGAGCCUGGACCGCACGCCCUCUUCGCCAUGGAGCCUCCGCAGCUACCCUCCGGCCCUGUCCUAGCGCAAGACGGUGCUUCCGAUGUCAGUUUUGGUCAAACUGGACUUCGCGACCUGCCUGGGAUGACCCCGACCUCCACUCCUCUUGCAAACAGAGGUGCAGCGGCGGAUGUCGAGCUACCCCGGGCAGCCCCCGUCCUUGGGCAGCCCGACUCCUUGAGCUUCGGGUCCAUUGCUCCGACCGUGGUAUCUGGGCGAUGGCGAAAGCGCAGUGCAGGCCAUUCCGACCGGCCCUCGAAGAGCCCCAGGAGAGAUCAUGUGGAACCACCUUGGACAAGAGAAGCGACGGGCCGUACGCCCGACUCUGUGCAACGCGCUCCGCAAGUGGCUGUGGUCGACGACGGCCCCGAGCUCAUCCCGGACCCUACGUCCAACAGUAUGAGUCCUUGGACGGUGGCGUGGCUUGCUAUGCUCCAUUUCUGCACCGAGAACGGAGCGGACCUGAUCGGCGAACUGAGGCAAUGCUCACGUCAAGAUGCAGCCCUGCCACUCACUGUGGAUGCACAGGCCCAGGAGGUUGUGGCGCUUGCUGCCGAAGCUGUCUGGGAAGGCAUGUUGCGUGCGGUGGCCAAACCGGAGCUGGCCCAUCUCCAGUCCCUUCACCGAGAUCUGCGAGAGGUCAUGCAGCAGCUUUGGUUGUGUUCCAAUGCCCUCCCGUCUGCCAGGCAGGGACUCCUUGUGGCUGCUCACUUGACUGCGGGAAGGAUUGUGGACCCGUUCUCGUAUGCGCCCUCUACAGCACAGGAGUGGCUCUUCCCGGACCUACUUCUCGAGGCCGACGCCCCGAUCCGUGGCUUUAUUGCAAGAGAUGCGUCACAGGACUCAAGAGUUCAAGUGCUGCUCCGGAUGCCAUCACCCUUCCUCCGAGUGACCGACUCUGCGGUUCUUUUCGGCCUACGGUCCCAGAUUGUCCUGGCAACGCUCUUGGCAGCUUGGUUGCACCCUUUCUGCCUCCGCGUGGUGGGCUGCGGUUGGGGUAUGGACUUUUACCCCCAAGCCCUCCUCGCCCUGUCUUGGGCAUCGCAUCAAUGGAUGACGCUUCUUCUGCUCUACCUUUCAGUUGCUGAUGGCGUCACUCUCCACCUCGGCGCGGCGGUUGUCUCCUCCUGGUGGCUGAGAUCCUCCACUGCUGUGCAAUUACAUGCCCACGGCUUUCAUGAGGGCCUCCCUGUCCUCAGCACGGGGCCGGUUCUGCCCACUCCUACUGCUGAGGAAAUGUGUGAGGUUUACCCUGUCGGCCGCACGGGUAACUUGCUUCUCCCACGCACCGACCGCAGUCGUCGGCACCUUGCUGCCUUUGUGGGUACACCGCCUGGGGCUCCCAUUCUCGAACCUUGCCCUGUCCCUUUCUUGGUUGACGAAUGGUUGCAUGGGCCGCUCUUGCAUGCCCGGCUUGCUGCCACCUUGGGAUUCCCUGCUGGUGUCUUCUCUGUCUCAGCCAUCCGUGGGGUCCUUCCCGGCCUGCCAAGUGAGCAGCUUCUUCUCACUCCGGCUGCCUGUUCAUGGCGUCAAGUCUGGCUGCCCGUUGACCUCCGUCCGCUAGGAGGCCGCAUAUGCAUGCUUAUGUGCCCCCGUGACUCUACUUGCAGAGCCAUUGCGGUCCUUGCUCUCGCGGCUCAGACGAUGCAGACUGAAGUUGACCUUCUGCUUGCUAAGUGCCCCUGGGGAUGGUUGACGCUGAUGUCCCAACCCCUCCUUCUGCAGGACGUCGACACUCUGCAAUUUCAUAUUGGCCCAGCUGCUGAUGCGCUGCAAGGACCUGUCGGUGCUUCUUUGGACCCGCCCCUUUCGUUGUUCUCGGCCAUGCAGGUGCUGACUACUGUUUGCGUUCCUCCUCCUGUUACUGCUCUUGCGGCUGUUACGGUUGCUUCUCGACGGGACCGCAGCAGCCUCCCCCACGAGUGGGUCGAACAGUGCGCCCGUGGCGGGUUCGGCCUCCUCCAUCGAGAGCUUGCGGUAUUACCAGAUCAGGUCCUCACCAGCAGUGUCCCGAUUGUUGUCAUGUUCUUCCCGCAUGUCUUCCGUCAAGACUCUUCCUCCUCCUCGGAGGACCAGGUAGGCGGCUGGGACACCCCGGGUACCUCUGACACCAUUUCUGCGCUGCAGCACACCCUGUUGCCCUCCCCUGCUAGGGCUUCCUCGUCUACUGCCAUGCCCGCAUGCACUGGAGUCACCCCGGCUGAGUUUCUCAACACCACUUCCCCCAGUGCCUUGGUGCCGGCCGCCGAGCCUGGCUCGGCUUCCUCAUCGGUCGUUAGCCAAUUCAGCGGCACUCGGGGUAUUCUCUUGGCUGCUUGUGUGUUGCGCGGGCUGCACCAUGGCGUCGGGAGCCCCCUUGCCUGGGGUGCGUGCCUCGUCAUCUCCUGUGGGAUGCCUGGUAAUGCCGUUCAGAUGCACAGUGUUGCGGCACCAGCAGGUGCCCACACGCAUUUACAGGUGUUUCUCAUUACUUGCCGCCUUUGGUGGCCCGGAUCUUCGGUCCGCCUUGAGUUUGCCAACACUGAGAGUGCUCGCGACGCUGCCGCCGAGCUUUACCGUCAGGCCAUCCGAAUAGGUAGAGAGGUUGUCUGUGUUGAGCUGCCCAAGGAAUACAGUGCUGAUCAUGUUCUUGAGGCUGCGCAGACCGCGGCUGCUUCGGCUGACGUCCAGAUCCUUCGGGGCACUGCACAUCGGCUUCGCCAAGGCGACGUGGUACGAGUGCGUGUCAACACUGAGGCGCGCACCCUCGAUGUUUCAGCCUUUGUUAUUCCACACAAUGCUGGCACUGCAUCGCGCUGGCUUCAGGAAGGCCGAAUCGUGUCGCUGCUUCAUCCUGUGGCUGGAGUGUUAUCUUUCGAGGUCCCGCGUGCUUGCGACCUUGAUACUUCUGUGCUGGGCGCGUUGCUGCGCAGCGUUACCCCAGGCCAGCAUGUCUUCGUUGCGCUACCCGGAGUUGACCUUCUCCCUCAUGCCGCCUUCGUCGCCGCCUUCCCUGGCCAGGACUGUGUCACAUAUCGGUUGACUGAUGCGUCUGACCCCUCUGCUGUGGGUCUGCACUUGGCCUUCUCCGGCGUCUUUGAAUCUUUCCCGGCCUUCUUGGAAAGUCUUCUUCGCAGCAACCGCCCCGCCGCUGCUCUGCUUCGGAGGUUGCAGCCCUUCGGCCUCUCUGUUCUAACCUGGGAAUGCACUUCCUUUCCUGGUCGGGCUGACUGUCGCUACUGGCAUGUCCAUGUGCAGGCUGACUUUGCACGGGCCCGGGAGCACCUUUUGAGCCUCAGCUGGGAGCCGAGACUUGUUCGCACGCCUCCGCCCCUUCCUCCCCCUAGGGCUCGGGUUUUCCAUAGCAUAGGUUCCCAAACUAACGCCCCCUUCAUUUCUGCCAGCACGCCGGCUGCUGUACUCCAGGCACCCCCGUCUGUUUGCGGUGCCGGCGUCACACCCGACUCUGCGUCCGAACUCGUUGACCUCUGGUGCGAUGCAUGGCACGUCAAGUGCUUGGUUGCAUGUUUGCCCGGAUUCACUGUAUGGGCUCUUCGAGAAGGAAGCCGACUCUACGGUAUGUGCACCCCUGCCCCCUCCUGGGAAGCUGUUGCACAGGCCCUAUCCCUGUCCCUCUGGGAGCUCCCACAGACGUUUCUGUCCAGCGACAGCCGUGUUUGGCCAUUUCCCCGUGACAUCACAGGUGUUGCGAUGCAGUGUGUCAGUGUUGGGUACGACUCUCCUGAAGGAGUCUCCCAACUAGUGCGUAAUUGUGAGGCCGAGACGCCUAGCCCGCCACCGCCCCCGGGCCCUUUGGCCUCUGCUGCUCUUGGCUUGCCUUGCUUGCGGCGGUACUCGCUUCUGUGUGCUCUCAGCCUCCUUGUCCCUGUGGUGUCAGUCCGCGUGAUGGUUGAGCCUGCUCCCUUGUUCUCUCGUCUCGCGGAAUCCGAGACACUGCAAACCCGUCGCGACUUCUCACGGCCCUGCACCAUGUCUUGGACUCACGAGCUUGCCCGACAGACGCACGGGUUUGCCCUUUCAGCACCUCAACUUGGCGCGUAUGUUACUGGCACCUCACCCCACCCAGAAGUGCAGAUGCACCUUUGGCUUCCUGGGCAGGGCCCAGUCCACUUGAGGGUUGGUGCACGCCACCUCGAUCAGCAUCUUAGUGCUUACCUUGGCGCCUUCUUGCCAGACUGCGAGUACGGACUGCACGUCGCUUUCGAUUCCAGCCCCCAAGUGCUUGAUCUCAUCGUUUCCCCGCCUUCACCAUAUGGCUGGUGGAUACUGCGUGACUCAAUUGGUUGCGAGCUUCUCCGACCGGUGGUCCAGCACUACACUUCCCAUUGCUCAUUUUUCUUCUGCGCUGUGGAGCCGGAUGGGGCUGUCCGUAACGUUGAGCCCUCUGCCGAAGUCCGCCAUAUGUCUCCCUGCCCGCAAGGGGCUCGGGCACUUAUUACUAGUGUUCUUCCGGGAUUAGAGGGUAAACUGGUUGAUGGAGUUCUUCAGAUUGUCGCAGCCCGGGCUCGGCUCCCCUCGCUUCUCGGCAGUCUCGCGUUGCUCCUGCUUUGCCGCCACGUGGCCUCUAUGCAACCUCCCCAACUACUUGCUCUUGCCCCAGUCGCUGAGGCCCCGCCGCCCCCUCCGACAACCAUUCGCAUCUGGACUCUCAACAUUAAUGCACCCGUUGACUUACCAUGGCGUCCUCAGGGUUACCCGACCCGUUGGUUGAGAGAGCUGAUGUGCCGUCUACACCAUAUUGACGAUCCCGGUGAGUUCCGGCCCACACAUUCCACUACGGACAGCUCCGUCCAGCAUGUCCUUUUCGUGCCGGUCGUUCCUGCCACGCGACCCACGGUCCGGUUUUGGCUGCUCCACUGGGGGGACGCUGCGGCUGUUACUUUCGGGCAUUCGCCCUUUAGUUGGGAUGUCGUCUCUGCCCAUCUCAGAGCUCUCUUCCCGGGGGGCCAUUUACCAGAGCGGAGCCCCGCUCUCUCCUACGCCGGUCAGCUGUACCCGCCAGGAGUUGCCUUGCCUGAUUUUCCAUCCGGAGCUGUCAGUCAGAUUUUGAUUGGUGCUCUUGCAAGGAUCCCGGGCGAUGAUGACCCUUGGAACCCGGAUCCGCUGGUGGUUGAGGGACCUUACUUCCGGCACGUUCCGAGUAGGGGUCCGGCGCUAGAACCUGCCAUCCUCCUCGAUGGCCACGGGAACCGACGUGCCGCCGGCGCAUCGCAUGUCCCUCUGAUUGACCAGGAAGUCCAAACGGACCUCUCAGGCAAUGGCACCGGCCUUGAUCAUGCUACGGUUUCCCGAGUUCACAUGCUGUCUCAGGAGCUUUCUUUUCACACUUCACGACUCUGGGCCGGACUUGCUGAACCGGAUGCAGAACCGGCUGGGGAAUCGCAACCUGUUCUGCGACUCGCCUCGCAAAGUACCUGCGCUGCGGUCAACCCCUCCACUGUUGAUCUGCUCGAUAUUGCGAGUGUGUCGGGCUGCCGGCGACAGGAUAGGCUUUCGGUGGUUGUUCUUACCUUAGUUUGCACUCGGGGUUUAUUUGGAACUUCGGCAUUCGGGCGCCUCCUUGUCCUCGCAACCUUAGGUGCAGGUUCGAUUAUCAGUGCGCCGCCUGCUAGUUCAGAUGACGAACAGUCCGAGGAUGAAGGUCCACCACCUGUUCAAGCCUUCAACAUGUCUGCUGCUGAGCCCACCCCGGUCUCUCGACCUGCCGGCCCACCACCACCAGAGCCUGUCAAUGCUCCUUUCCAGCCUCGUAUGUGGUUCCUCCGCGCCGCCCGGCCGCUGGAGGACUAUGCGCUAGGCCUCUGGCCGUCUUCAGUUGAAAGGGAGCCCGCCGCGGACGAGGACACUGUCCGCCGUGUUCAAGCCGAUUUGCUUGGUCUUCAACGUGGCCUGCGAACCUUUGCUGCCGCUAUUCCCCUUGGCACCCCUUUCUGCAUUCACAAUCCCUUCACCGCCCGACAGCAAUGCGAGCUUGUUGAGUAUUCUGCUGGCCCUGAGAUCAAUCCCUUUGUUUUAUUCAGGGGACACGCCCGCAGCCGGGGUUGGGCCGAUAUUGUGCUCCUGCAACCGCAGCCUGAUGCUACUGCUGUACACCUUAUCGGGUGUCCGCAAGCGCCUGGGAACGCAGCUGUCGGUAUUGUGCUGGAAGGCCGCCUUGUGCCCUGCUGUCUCCCGGUCUGUGUUGGGACCGCGGCAUUACGUGCUCUGCAGCUUGACGGGAGUGAGUGCGAUCUUCGCCCCCCUGAGGUUCAGGAAGGGUCCUCGGUCGUCCAAUUUCGUAAUGGCGGCUGUCUGGCUGUGCGACCCCGUUCUCAGUCACGGUCUCCUCCUCCGCCGGAACAAGUCGCCGCCUUUGCUGCCCCGACCAGCGAAGCUGAACUUGCUGCCGGCAGCCCCGACAUCCCCUUCUCCUCACAAGGUCGCCCCGUUUUGUCUUGGGGCUGUUUCUCACUGAUCUUCUGCCGGGUUACCCCAUCAAUGUGCCUCUCUCUUGGACUCCUUGCUGGCGCUGCUCUAGCACAAGGCAUGCAUAGACCAGGCGGCUUUCCUUGGGGUACCGAUCCAAUCAACCGUGACUUUUCCGCCAUUACGGCAGCGGUCUAUGUUGUCCUGCAUAGUCCCUUCUUGGGGGUGUUUCCCCCAUACACAGCCUCCCAUGACACUCGCCACGGUCAAGUCUGGGCCCAGUUCCUCAACGACGACCCGGGAUGGGCAUCUGAUUUCUUUCCUGUGUGGCCGGGCCCCGCCUUCAACGAGUUGUCCAUGGUCCCGGUGGGACAAGAUGCGGCCCUUGUGACCAUUAUGCUGAUGUGGCGGGGCCACCAUAGGGCCACGCUUACUCCGCGGACCAUGACAGUGGCGUGGUUGACAGCCUUUAUCUCGCGUCACAUCAACAGCCCCGUUGAUGGCAUUUCCCUGCCGCACGGGCUCGCGAUCUGCGAGCUCUUUGAUGUUCCGCCCGCGGCUUUCCGUUUUCGCAACGGCGAUGUCGUGUACAUCCAUGACCCUCCGGAGGACCCUUCUGAGCCGCUCGAGUUUGUCGAUCCUUGGCACCUGCAGGAUGGCCUUGCAGCUCACCACGCUCCCUGGGCUACGGGCUUUCAACUUAUGUUCGGCAUUUCUGUGCACCUGCUUCGCCCUAAUCGCCCACCCCUGUUGGCCUCUGUUUCAGCUGGAGAAGCCUGGUGCCCAGAAUCCUUUACGUUCACCGGCACUUUCCGUAACCACUUUCCGGGCAUGUGGACACCCGUCCAGUGGUCCAGUGCCCGGGCCUUACAAUUGAUCGAGGUCCACGGUGUUGUGGCUCAGGUUAACGUGGUUGCUGCCUCUCCUGAAGGCCGCCUUUGCCGUACCGUUGAUCGGAUCGCCUCGCGCGAUAGCCUUGCCGAUCAACUGCACUUCCUCCCUGGAUCCCUGCAAGUGGGGGGAGUUCCCUCCUACGCUCUCAAUCAGGCCUGUGAGCUUCGGAAUGGGGAUGUCGUGUUCGGCGACUUUGCCCGAGGGGCCUGCAGCGGCCGUCCACUCCCGUGGGGUUUGGCCCUGGGCCUCGUCCCAGCUCUCUUCUCCUGUCGAACGGGCACCUUUCUUUCGCUUCUGCUGGGUUCCCUUGGGGCCCAUUCCGGCCUUUUCUCCCGUCUUCUCAUGCUGACCUGGUGCCUACAUGGCUCGCAAGCUAUGGUUCCGGAAACUUCGGUGUUGAGCCAGACCACAUCCUCGGUUAUUCCACCAGCUGCCCCACCCAGGGUCUCGGUCACUGUGGCCAACCCUUUUGCGCCAUGGCAUCGUGUUGAGGCCGACCCACGUCACCUCUUCGAUGAUGUUAUGGCAGACGCCCACCGCACUUUGACAUCAUGGCACCGGGGAUUUGCUGCCACUGGCCUGGUUUUAGAAGGGCCAAAUGGGACGCAGCGGCAGCUACAGUUCUACAUCAUGAGGUGGAGCUUGGCCAUCACCGCUGGGUUGCUCAGACCAGGGACGGAGACUGGUGGGUUCUUUCUGCUGCAUUCGGUCUCCUGGGGAGGCGCCCUCUCCUCCCUGCCCAACUCGCUCUUAUCUUCUUCGGGCUUCUUGAACCUGUGUGGGGAGCGUCCUCCAGUGCCUCUGGCCGCUGCCCCAGCGCGGUUCUUUCCCCCUGCCAUCGACUUCAAUGAUGGGGAGCCCUAUGUUCCGCUAGGUGGUUGGCAGCCCGAUAACCCCGAUGGCCCACUCGCACGUUACUUCCCUGGUCCCCGACCACUCACGGCUCGUGUUUUGUGCCCCCUGAGGGGAUGGAGCGAGACCAGCUUCCUUGACACGACCAGAUCAUGGCGGUCUAUCGAGCAGGAAGGUACGCGCCACUGCGGGCUUUGGGCCCAUCGCUUCUUCCCUGUCCGGGCGGUGCUCCCAAUUUCCCAGAUCACAGUCGCUCCGGUUGCCCCAUACGGUCUUGCUACUGUGGCUCUGCACAUUGAGGGUUGUUCGGCCGUUGCUUUUGCCUCGGUGGACUCGUCUCUUGAUGACAUUCACCGGCUUGCUGUUCGCGUCUUACCUCACACCCGGUUUUGGCGCGUCAUAGCACCACCUGUGCUGCGCACUACCAUCCCGAAUGUGCAUAUCCGGCUCCGCAACGGCGAUGCUUUUAGCCUCCUUCCUGAGCCUUCCGAUCCGGGUGCUACCCGUUAUCCCUUGCUGCAGUAUGCCUCCCUGGACCGGGCACGGCAAGUUGCCAGCUGGUCGCUCCCUUUUCGCUUUGACUCGGGCGGAUACGUCUGCCUGUGGUAUACGGGUCGUCGAUCUGGCCACAGCAUUCGGAUCAGGGAUACCGGCUAUUGGGAUCCCGAGGGUCCCACCUUCUGGGGUUGUUGCUCGCUGGUUGCAAUGCCUACCGUGCACCGCCUGGGUGGCGCCUUCUACCUGCUCUGCAGUACGUUCGGGCAGAUAGUCCUCUCCGAGAUGGAGAUGUUCUUGUGCUGGACCCGACUGCUGAUACGGUUUGGGACCCUACCGGACCGCCCCCGCAAAGCCUUGCGGGUCCGGCCCCGGGCCCAGUUGCACGCCCACGCUGGGGGCCCUCGUCCUGCUGCCGCCGCCAUCUCUGGUCGCUGGGCCUGGCUCGCGGUCCUUUCCGCCAGAUGGCCCCGGCUUCUCGCCCUGGCUUGCUUGGUUUGUGCCGGUCAGGGUAUGGCUCCCGCACUGGAUUUGCCGGAACAGCCCAUUCGUGUGGGUUUCUUCCCGUGGCGGGCCCCAGCCGCUGCGGCUGAUCUGGUUGAUCUCACCAACCGCACAGAGAUUGACAUUGUCCUUCUCAGUCCCUUCACAGGUCCCCAGGAGGCUGGGCGACUGCCCACUGCCUCGACUACCGGAGAGCUCAAUGCUCUCACACGCUCCUGCGACCCAACUUGGGGUGCUGAAGUUGCACCUGUGUGGCCGACAGCUGCCAUACCGGCCCUACUGGUUGUUCCCCGUCCCCUGACGCCAGACCUUGUCUGCUUAGCGGUCUCCUCCUUGGAUCGGCACUUCUCUAUCCUUGUGCCUUGCACUACCUCUGUGUCCUGGCUGGGCGCGGCUCUCCGCUUCCUACAGCCGAUGCAAACUCUCUCUGUUCGCGCACCCAGUGCUCUCACAGCCGAUGCCACAUCUGACCAAGGCGUGCGCUGGCGAUCUGGAGACCUGGUUGUUGCAUUGCCUCCUGCAGCUUUUGCGCCCGAAUACCAGCCCCCGUGCUUUCACUCCGACGCUCAAGUGCGGCAUUGCGCCAUUUGGGCUGUUGAUUUCUCGGUCUCCACCCGUGUCAGCUUCAUACUCUGGAGGCCCGCUGUUCGAGCCAUCCGGGGACACGCACCGGCAGGCAGCCGCUGGCGUGCUCUUGAUUAUACUUUUGAUGGUGACUUUAGCCUCCACUACCCUGGGCGUUGGGUCCCGGUUCCCUGGAUCGCCCAGGAUCACGCCCACUUGGUUUUGCUGCCGGAGGACCCUUCGCGGGUCAAUGUCAUUGUGGAAGCAGACGGCCAUUGCUGGUGUGCCCUUGUCACAGCCGUUACUGAUGCCUGGCAACUCUGGACUGAGCUCCCAUCUAUCUCCUCUCAGCCCCGCGUCCUUGGUGUCCCACACCAGGAACUGCGCCAAGGGACGACCCUUCGCAGCGGCGAUGUUGUUUCCGGCUGUCCAGGUCAGCUGCCGAGCCGCCUGGCUUUCGCCACCGAGGCCGCGUUCGUCCACCUCAAGACCACCGGUUCAUUGAUUGGGCAGCCUGGACUCCUCUUUGCAUGGUCCCCGGGAGAGCCGGUCCCGCUUACUGUCCCCACUACCAGUGAUGAACAGUGGGAUCCUGAACAUUAUGGACUCCUGCGGGAUGGUGACAGCGGCUCCCCCCUGGGCAGCGCUCCCUCCCGCACCUUGCUUCCGUUGCUUGCCAGUCUGGCCGUUCGCGGGCGUCUGGGUCGGCACUGGUUCUCUCUUCUCAGUGCUUGGGUUCUUCUGGCUGGGCUGCCCGAGUUGCUUCCGGGUACGGCGGCCCUUGGAUUCCCGCCGGUCCCCACUCAUGCCCUUGCUCGGACCCCAGGUCCUUCGCCCAUUGGAGUGGAUUUCGGGCUGCUCUCCCGCACCAGCUGCUAUCUUCGUGCAUGGGGGGCGCCAGAUUGGCACAGCCCGGAUGGACUCUCCUGGGCGGCAGAUAUUCAUCAUGAGUGUGCCGCUCAGGCUUCCUUGCACCAGUUGUGGUGGACGCACGACCUCUUCCAGAAUCUCCCGGCAUCCGCUCCAGCGCCUUAUCGCCAGGCCUUCUCUAGUUUCCCAGUAUGGUCUGGCGGUGUACCCGAUCAGGUUCUCAUCGCCACUGAUGGGAGUGGCGAGCGGGGAGGAGCAUGGGCCUUCUGCGUAUGGGUUUGGUGGCGUCACAAGUGGCACCGGGUCGGGUGGUUCGGCGCCGCGGGGGCCGAUACCCCUUGGUUCUCUGGAACUGCGGCCCCCGGGAGUGGUGUCUCCUUUCACGCUGAGCUUUGGGCCCUGCAAGCCGCGGGCCUCUGGCUCCUCGCUUGGGUCGACCGCCUCUCCCUUCUGACGUCAGCAGCGCCUGCCAAGGUCACCAUUGCGGUUGACAAUGAAGCGGCGCCUUGGCUCUGGCUCAUUCCACAUGCCAAGGUCGAGGGCCCGCUGUCCAGUGCCCUUCCACCGAGGAGACGCGCAGCAAAGGAGGCCGAUGGGAUACAGCCGGCCUUCUCACCUGGCGCUCCGGUGCCCAAAAAGCUCCCACGGGCCCUCACCUUAGUCUUGGGUCUCGAUGCUAACGCUGAUCUCCUUUGGGCCGAUGACGACCAUGCCUAUAUCGGGGAUGCUCUCGGUAAUGGCGAAGAAGGCGCGGGCGAGCAAGGCCUCUUUGAUACCAUCCAGCGUUUUGGCCUCCUCGCCCCCGCCUCCUUCUCGGACCUUCAGGACGGCCCGGGCUGGUCCUGGGAGCAUACUGGCGGCACCCGCAAGCGUCUAGACCAUAUCUUGCUCCAGGCUGGCCCCUGGUCCUGCCGUCGCACCCGACAGCUUCCUGAGCUGGACAUUCUCAAUGGUCGUCGGGAUCAUAUGCCGCUUCUGGCACGAGCCAUUGCUGCCGAUCUCUGGGGAGCUCUGCCGUCCACCUUCCGGCACAUUGACAGCGUGGGAGCUGAAGUGCAGGCUCUUAAAACCAAGCACUCCUGCUUGCUCCGGGCCCUUCCUCGCCCUCCACGCCGCCCCAUCCGACAGCCCUACAUCACAGCGGCCUCUGUUGCCGCACUCGAUCGAGUUCGGCAGGCGCGAGAACAGCUCCCCCGGCUGCGGACCAAUCUGGAGUGGCAGCAGCGUCGCUUUCUCUUGCAAGUUUGGCGUCUGGGUUGCACACACCGGCACCCCGAUGCUGCACCCCUGCGCCCUGAUCCGACGGGCCUGCAGCAUGCCCGCCUCCUUCUCCAGGCUUGUAAUCUUCAUGUUCGGGGGCUUCAGCAGAAGGCCCACUAUCUUGCUAGGUCCGACAAGCUGGCUCAUUUCCGCACACUUACUCUGGAGGCGACCAAACACUGGGAAGCCACUGGAGUCCCUUUGGAAUCCAUCCGGCAUCUGCGUUGGGCCUCCCGCAAGGCACACGAGCGCCGGUCUGUCCACGCAGCCGGUGGUUUCGACAUUGAUAGUGAGUUGGAGGCCCAGUUCCGUGAUCAGGAGGGGGCCAGUCUGGUCAGCCCAGUGCAGCUCUCCAGCGCCGCUGAGCGAUGGAUGAAUGAACCGCGCCUCCCGUGCGCCGAGGCGGUUCCCACCCUCUUGCAGAUGGAACAAAUGUGUGUCCGACAGGCGGCCGCCAAGGCCCCAGGACCAGACGGACUGCGGAACGAGCUCUGGCGCGCGCAGGGAGCCUCAGCAGGGCAGUGGCUCUGGCCCCUGUGCGUGCGCAUCGCUCUCCAAGGAAGGGAGCCUUUUGCCUUUAAGGCUGCCAUUGUAUGCGCCCUUUACAAGAAGGGCCCUGCCUCUCUUCCUGCCAAUUACCGCUCUAUCGCGCUACUGAACGGCAUCGCGAAGCUCUGGCAUUCGCACCUGCGCUCCACUGUGGGCGGCCACGUCUUGUCGCGAUACGAGCCUAUGCAGCUUGGGGGCCGCAAAGGUGUCCACACAGGAUUUGCGUUGGCCGCCUUCCGUUGUGCCUGGGACCUUUCCAUCUCUGCCGGCCGAUGUGUUGCCGUGGUCUUCGUCGAUAUCCAGGCCGCGUACUAUGAGGCCAGCCGGGAUCUCCUCUUUGAAGGCUUUCCUGAUGACGUUGCCCUGCCAGAGCAUCACCACCUUGCUGGGCUGGUUCUCAGUCUUCAACAACAAGGGGCCCUCGCUGCCUUGGGUGUUGCAGAGGACGUUGUUGCGCUCCUCCGUGACUGCGUCGCCCUCUCCCACUGGUCACUCUCUGGUUCUUCCAACAUUUUUCUUGCGUCACGGGGGUCUCGUCCAGGUGACGGCCUAGCUGAUAUCCUUUUUGGGGCCCUCUUCGCUGUCGGUCUUCAGCAUAUCCAGCGCGUUGCCACCCGCCAGGGCAUUGUUCACACCAGCGCCGGCGCUGAAGUUGGCCUCUCCCCAGGGGUCAAGCCCAUCGGCUGGGCUGACGACCUUGCGGUUAUGGCCGAUUUUGACCGACCAGCUGAUCUUCUUGUUCAACUGCCCGCGCUGGUCGGCAUUAUCCUUGACACUCUCCGACUCCUCCGAUUUCGUGUUAAUUUGGGUGCGGGUAAAACUGAGGCCCUUGUUGACAUCCGGGGGGAGGGCGCUCGGGCGGCCCGCGGAGCUCUCCUCACUGGUGAUGCCAUGUUAAAGAUCUCUGAUUCUGACAGCAUCAAGUUGUGUCCCGAGUAUAAGUAUCUGGGUGUGGCUCAGCUGCCUCGGGAUACGGGCCGCCGCGACUGUGAGCUUGCCGCCCAACGAGGCGCCGCUGCGGCCUCCCUUGCCCGCACCCUCCUCUGCAGCAAUUGCUUGCCCUGGGAACUUAAACGGGCUUGGGUCGCGGGACGAGUCCUGCCCUCCGCGUAUUCCUCCCUUGCUAUGUCUCUGGCCGACUCCGGCCGUGCCACGGCCCCUCUCGCUGGCCUCUUCGAUCGCACGGCCAGGAUCCUGUUGUCCUCAUGGCAGGUCGGGCACAAGCUCACCACCCCACUGCUUCGGCUCCUCGCUGACAUUACUCCUCCUGACCUGGCUACUACCAUCAGUCAGUGUCGCCUUUGCGUCCAGCUCUUCUGCAAAGCACCCACGGCGGUACGUGAAAUCGUCGACGCAGCGUGGAACAGGGCCCUCCCUUGGUGCCAGGCCCUCGUUGCAGCAUGUAUGAGGGUUGGCGUUGCGCUUGAACGUCGGGCCGCGGAUCUGGGUCUGCCUGCUGAUGAGGAGGAGCUGCAACAGGAGUGGGAUGCAGUGCAGCGCUCACCGGCCCUCUCCGACCUCGUCCCCGGCAACCUGCAACGGGCCGUCACGGGGUCCUCCAUCGCUGCUCCAACCCCUGCCGGACUUGGAUUUCCCCAAGCUACGGCUCCAGUCUCGGAGCCCUCCCUGUCCCGCCUCGCCUCAUCUUUGUCAUUUGUGGGUUCCUUGCCCUCUUGGUUCUCCUUUGUCGAUGGGGCUGCCUCAGGCCAGGAUUGGGCUCUGCCUACACCCUGGUGGCCCGGGCUUCUUGCCAUGGGUGGGGUCUUUCGGCUUCCCCCAUCGUGGCAUUGCUUCUGGCCCCUGUGGUCAGCCUUGGAGCUCCUUGCCCCUUGGGAGUUCCGGGCCUUCCGGUCGCUUGGCGUCCUCCGUCGAGCCUCGUCUUCCGGGCUUGGUGCUCCUGUGUCUCUUGGCGAUGCGACCUCCGGCAGAUGGUCUCUGUUGGGGAUUGCUGCAGCCUUGAUCUCCUUCCGUAUGUCCUGUAAGGUUGUUCUGCGGUUUGGCGCCCUCUGGAUUCCCGGGCGCCCCAGUCAACAGGGCCUUGUCCUCUUGCGGCGGCUGCUUCCUUCUGCCGUCUUCUUGGACUUCUGGUCCCCUGCUGGUCCUGUUUUCCUGGCUGCGAGCUCUGCUUCCUUGGCCUCGUCUGCUCGCGCCAUCAUUGCCGGCUCUGCUCCUGCGGCCCCGCCCCCGCUCUCCUUGCGGGCUUUCUGGGCCUAUCCGGCUGCUUGA